AACAAGGUCGGGUGGUACCAAAAAAAAAGGAAGAAAAAAGGGCGAUUUGGCGAGUACAGAGAACCCGUUUCUUCCCUAACUCGGUCACCCAGGAAGACGAUGCUGAGACAGCUCUUCGCAAAAUCAACAGCAAAACAUGGCACUUCCAGAUUUAUUCAGUUCAAUCCAUAUAGGGAGAUGCAUAGCAGAAAUAAGAAAGCAAUGGAGUUGAUAGCAAAAGGGUGGAAUGCUUUAAAAGAAGUAGAUAGAGUAAUUGAUUACUGCGAGCUCAAUGAUAAACGCCUCGUCCCUCUCCUAAGGGCAGCAAAGGAGAAUUUUGAGUUGGCAUUGGAAGCUGAUAAUUCCAAUACACAUGCUAGGUAUUGGUUGUCCAAAUUGCAUUUGAAGUACCAUGUUCCUGGGGCAUGUAAAGCCAUAGGCGCUGCUUUGUUAGUAGAAGCUGCAGAUAUGGGUGAUAAAGACGCACAAUAUGAGUUGGGUUGUCGCCUAAGAGUUGAGAAUGACUAUGUUCAAUCAGAUCAGCAAGCUUUUUAUUAUUUGGAGAAAGCUGUUGACCAGUUGCAUCCAGGUGCUCUUUACCUUCUAGGCGCGGUGUACUUGACAGGGGACUGUGUGAAGAAAGACGUUGCUUCAGCAUUGUGGUGCUUCCACAGGGCAUCGGAGAAGGGUCAUGCUGGAGCAGCCAUAGCAUAUGGAUCUCUGCUACUUAGAGGCGUUCAAGUCCCAGAAUGCCUAACAAGAUUUAGUUCGGAGAGGGUUUCUGCUUCCCAAAGAGGAAGGAAAAAUGUAGAACACCCAUCAAAGAACGCUGUUGAAAUGGCGAAAGAGCAAUUCCAAAUAGCAGCAACUGCAGGAUGUGACCUUGGACUAAAAUGGUUGCAAAGAAUCGAGGAGGUGGAGAAGCGUCUGUUGAGUGAAAGUAGCUCCGCAGAUGGUGUUUCACAAUCAAAACCUGACAUUGUUAUAAUAUGAUCAGAUGACCUCGAAGCCAGAAAG